AUGGCGGCGCCCGUGUCGCCCUUGGUUACCGGAGCCAGACACGCCGCCCGCCUGCUGCCGGCUCGGGCCGCGGCCCAGCGGAGAGCAUACACAAUUCAGGCAGCUGAGAACAUAGCCCCUAAUACUCUAGCAGAUGCUAACUCUAGGGCCUUGUUGGUUUGCAAUGGACCUUUAGAACACUAUGACUUUCUGAUCAAAGCAGAAGAGCUGCAGAAUGAUGAACAACAACGAAGAGUCGUACAAUGCUUACAGAAGUUACAUGAGAGCCUUAAAGGCUACAGUAUCAGUCCGAACAAUCUUCUGUCAAAGCUCUUUGCAAAAAGCAAACCUCCGAAAGGUCUUUACAUCUAUGGAGAUGUUGGCACAGGAAAGACAAUGGUGAUGGACAUGUUUUAUUCUUAUAUAGAAGUAGAGAGGAAAAAGAGAGUCCAUUUUCAUGGUUUCAUGCUAGAUGUACACAAAAGAAUACAUCGUCUUAAACUGAGCUUGCCUAAAAGGAAGCCAGGACUAAUGGCCAAGUCAUAUGAUCCAAUAGCCCCUAUAGCCGAGGAAAUAAGUGAGGGGGCCUGUCUCUUGUGUUUUGAUGAAUUUCAGGUCACUGACAUUGCUGAUGCCAUGAUUCUGAAACAGCUUUUUGAAAAUCUGUUCCAAAACGGGGUUGUCGUUGUGGCAACAUCUAAUAGGCCACCUGAAGACCUCUAUAAAAAUGGGCUUCAGAGAGUUAACUUUGUACCAUUCAUCGCUGUGCUGAAGAAAUACUGCAGCACAAUGCAACUUGAUUCUGGAAUAGAUUAUAGGAAACGGGUUCUUCCUGCAGCAGGGAAACUUUACUACCUCACAAGUGAAGCUGAUGUGGAGGCUGUCGUGGAUAAGUUGUUUGAUGAGCUGGCUCAGAAACAAAAUGAUUUAACUAGACCAAGGAUUCUAAAAGUGCAAGGCAGAGAGCUGAAGCUGAAUAAAGCUUGUGGAACCAUUGCAGACUUCACAUUUGAAGAGCUAUGUGACAGACCAAUUGGAGCUAGUGACUAUUUGGAAAUAUGUAAGAAUUUUGACACAGUCUUUGUUCGUAACAUACCACUACUUACCAUAGCAAAAAGGACCCAAGCUCGCCGCUUCAUUACUCUUAUUGAUACAUUUUAUGAUCAUAAGGUACGUAUUAUUUGUUCUGCAUUGACACCUCUCCAAAGCUUGUUUCCGCUAGAACAUCAUGACAGUGGCCUGGAGGAAAGCAGAAUACUGAUGGAUGAUUUGGGGUUGAGCCAGGAUUCAGCUGGAGGACUUUCCAUGUUUACAGGAGAGGAGGAAAUCUUUGCAUUUCAACGAACUAUCUCACGACUUACAGAAAUGCAGACUGAACAGUAUUGGAAAGAUGGGGACAGAAGCAAGAAAUAGUUAUUUGUUCAAAGAUGAACAAAACCUCUCAGGACACAAAAAUAGUAUAUAAAGAAAAAAGAUUCUAAUA